GAGAUUGCGGUGUCGUGAUGCGGUAGCGCUCUGCGAAGCGCCUGCUGGAAGCUGGAAGUUAGGUCUGCUAGAUAUUAGCGCGAACAGGGUUUGUCUUUUGUCUGUGAUACUCCUUCAGUGUCAGCCUUAAAAGAACAAGGUUUUGUCCUUGGCGGCCAUGGCGCCCCGGAAGGACCAGGUGGAGCGGCUGGCCUGGCAAUGGGCCGAGACCACCGCGCCGGAGGACAUCUCUCACGAGCACGUGCUGACCGCCUACAUCCUGCAGCCGGCGCACAGCCGCAAGACCGCCUGCAAGAAGAACUGCCGGCACCAGCCGCUGUGCGUGUCGGGCCUGGGCGAGCACGAGUGGCUGCACGGCGGCGACGCGACGCGCCUGUACGCGGGCGCCGAGCCCGAGCCGGACGUGCGGCCGGCGCACCAGCCGGCCGGCCUCAAGAACCUUGGCGCCACCUGCUACGUCAACAGCCUGCUGCAGCUGUGGUUCCACAACAGGCGCUUCAGGAGGGCGGUGCUGCAGUGGGAGCCGUACGCCGACCCGCUGGAGCGGCUGAACGAGACGCUGCUGACCGAACGCUACGUGCCGAUGACAGCCCAUCGGCCACCUGCAGCUCAUCUUCGGAUAUAUGCAUGGCGGUCUGUUGCGAUCGCAACGUCGGCUCAGUACCGGGACCCGAUGUGCCGCAGGACGGUGGACCCGUCACCGUUCAUACUGGCGCUCCGGCUGGACACGAUGUACCAGCAGGACGCGCAGGAGUUCAGCAAGCUGUUCAGCACGCUAUUGGAGGAGGGUCUGUCGCACCAGAGCCGGCCCGAGAUUAGCGGAGCGGUGCAGGACCUGAUGCGGGGACAGUACCAGUACGUCACCAGAUGCAAUGAGUGCCUGCAAGAGUCCACUUGCCCGUCAUAUUUCUACGAGCUAGACCUGCAGAUCCAGGGACAGAAACAGCUGUCGGACUGCCUGGCCGAGUUCCUCCGGGAGGAGAGUCUAACGGGAGCUAAUCAGUACUACUGUCAGGCGUGCCAGGCCAAGCGAGACGCGUCGCGCGCCAUCCAGCUCACCUCGUUGCCGCCCGUGCUCCAGCUGCAGCUGAUGCGCUUCGUGUUCGACCGCGAGACGGGCCUGAAGAAAAAGCUGUCGUCGCACCUGCGCUUCCCGGAGUUGCUGGACGUGUCCGAGUACGUGCGGCAGCCGGCCGGCGCCGUCACCUACCGGCUACAGGCCGUGCUGCUGCACAAGGGACCGUCCGCCUACUCCGGACACUACACAGCUCACAUCUGCGAUGGCGAGACGGGGGCCUGGUUCCGCUUCAACGACGAGGAGGUGGAGAAGAUCAAAACACUGAAGCUGACCACCGAGGACGAGCUGGAAGACGUGGCCAAGAAGCCGAAGCAGUCCCGCUGCCCCAAGGGCUACCACUCGUCGAACCAGGCGUACAUGCUGGUGUACGGCCGCGUGACGGGGGCGGCGCCGGCGCCGGCAGACGGCGCGGCCCAGCUGACGCUGCCGGACCACAUCCAGACCAUGGUCAACGCCAUGAACGCUACCGUCAACGACCAGGUGUUGAUGAACGAACAGGCCAAGAGUGUCUCGGCAGAGGAGUACCGGUGCCGCGAGCGCGAGGUGCGCGAGAUCUAUCCGCGCCUGGCUUGCCUGGACGUGCGCCGUGGUCUGCUGCUGCUGCCGGCCGCCUGGCUGGCCGCCUGGCUGGCCGGCGAACCGCCCGGCCCCGUCGCCACCGACCCCCUGCACUGUCCGCACGGCAAGCUGUCGCCCUGGCACGCUGCCAAGACCAAGUGUGUCGACCCGGCCGCGGGCGCGCUGCUGACCUGCCUUUACGGCGGGAGCGGGCUGGACGGCUCGGCCCUGUGCCGCGAGUGCGUGCAGAGCCGGUGCCGCGCCAUCCGAGCCAAGCAGACGCUGGAGGAGGACGUGCGGCUCGUGACGGCUCUGCUCCGCGACGAUCUCGCACCUGACGAGCCGGCCUUCUGGGUGGGCAAGACGACGCUGCGAAUCUGGAAGCGACUGGCGCUGGUGGCGCUGCCGCAGGACGCGCCGCCGGGCGCCGCCAGUGACACAUCUGGGCCCACCAGUCCGGCGACGCGACCCGAGCAGCCGGCCAGCGCCGCCGGCGACCAGCCGACGCACGACGGCACCAACGGCACCGACGGUACCAACGGCACUGACGGCACCUGCGCCGCCGGCAAGGAC